CCACGCACGCCACUGUCGACGACGAAGACGACGAAGACGAGGACGCCGUCGCGAGCGAGAGCUCAAGUAGGCCGCCGAGCCGUUUGGCACGCCCGCCUGGUGGUGCCCCGAGCAAUGGCAGCGGCCCGGUCGCGGGCGCGCCGACGACGACGACGCCGCCGCUGAAGAGGAGAGCCGCGACGAGUCCCACAAGCAUUAGCGAGCAGCGAAGAUAAGGAUGAGGAAGGUGCUGCGAGAGCUCCCGCAGCCAAGCGGCGCCGGCGACGAGGAGCCGGGGACCGCGGAGCCUCUGAAGAACGGUGGCUCGCCCCCCGGCCAGGCCAUCCUCGAGGAGAUCUUCUACAUAUCGUCCAAGCGCAACACCCUCUACAGGGUGCGGCUCACCGAGCGCGGCCUCACCCUCCGCAAGGAGAGCAACUGCGGCCCCAGCAAAACCGAGACCAUCCUCGUGGACGACAUCGUCGGCUGCAGGUGCAUGCGCUCCAAGCGUCGGAAUAACGGGAGCUGCGCGUGUCGACCGGGCGCCUCCCGGGGCCAGCCCCACCUCGUCGAGUCGACGGAACCGCUGCAGCCCCACGACGAGUACGACACCUCGGCCUAUCUCUACGUUUACGCGUACACCCUGAAGCGGCCGAAGCCCGCGGGGAGGGGCACGCGCAGGCGCGAGCGCAUGACCGUCACGCUGAGGUUCCGCAGCUUCGACAAGUACGAGGAUAACCUGAGGGAGGCCAGCAGGUGGAGGCUAGCCAUAAAGUGCCUCGUCGGCAGGCUGCCCGUGCCCAGGGCAUACAUGAGUCCGGCCCACCGGAACCUCCAAUCUCUCCUCGGCGCCUGCCCGGACGAGUCGCGAAAGCUGCUGGUAUUCCUGAACCCCAAGUCCGGCCCGGGUCGAGGUCGCGAGAGCUUCCAGAGACGGGUGCACCCGAUCCUGGCGGAGGCCGAGCUGCCCUACGACGUCUUCAUCACUCGGCACUCGAACUACGCUCGUGACUUUGUGCGCAGUCGCGACCUCAGCCAGUGGUCGGGCCUCGUCCUUGUCGGCGGUGACGGCAUCGUCUUCGAGGUCAUCAACGGCCUGUUCCAGAGACCCGACUGGGAGAGCUGCUGCCAACGUCUGCCCAUUGGCGUCAUACCCUGCGGCUCCGGGAACGGCCUCGCCAAGUCCAUCGCCUUCUCCAAGCAGGAGCCCUUCGACCAUAAUCCCGUGCUGAUAAGCGCCCUCUCGGUGGUGCGGCGCAAGCUCACCCAGAUGGACCUGGUGCGGAUCGAGACGCGCAAGCAGACGCUCUACUCGUUCCUCUCGGUCGGCUGGGGUCUUCUCGCGGACAUCGACAUCGAGAGCGAGAGACUGCGGGCGAUCGGGGGCCAACGCUUCACCAUCUGGAGCGUCGCGCGUCUAAUCGGCCUGAGGACUUACCGGGGCGUCGUCUACUACCUACCCUGUCAGCCCAAAGCCAACGGCGAGCCACCGAGGAUUCACGAGGAGCCGAGGAUCAGCCACUCGAAGAGCAUAGGGGACGAGCUGGACCGGUACAGCAACGAGAUCCAGGAGUCACGUAGCUACGACGGUUCCUUCGACCGGGAGGACGGAGCUUACGAGGCGCGUCACACCAUAGUCGAAAACGAUAAGGCACAGGAUAAGAAGAUAAAGAAGAAGAAGAAAGAGGAGGAUCGUGAGGAGGAGGAGGAGGAGGAGGAUGGAGAGGGGGAUGAGGGGGAUGAGGAGGAGGAGGAGGAGGAGGAGGAGGGAGAGAAGGAGGGGAAAGAGGUUGAGGAUGAGAUCGAGGAGGAAGCGGAGAAGGGGGUGGAGAAUCGAAAGAUGGCGAAUGAUAGGAAAGUGGCGAAACGGUUAGGACGCGAGGACCAGGAGCACCAGAUAAUCUUGGACGCGCUGACGCUGGAGACGGGGACCGGGGACUCAGUGGGUAGACGGCGGUGCGACAGCUUCUAUUCGGCAAAAUCAUGCAAGUCCGCUUACUUCAGCACCGGCUCUGGCUCCAUCUCCAGUACUUAUCACAGCGUCGAGGACGUUGACAGUCCGACUUCCUACGCCGACGGGGACAAGAGGACGGUGACGUACGGGCCGGCCUCGUCGCUCCCAGCCCUCACGACCAAAGUGCCGAAUUCGUGGACGAAGGUCGAAGGUGAGUUCGUAAUGGUCCAGGCUGCCUACCAGUCGCAUCUCGGCCAGGACUGCCAUUUCGCCCCGCGGGCAAAACUCGCCGACGGCGUCAUCUGGCUCCUGAUCAUUCGAGCGGGCAUCAGCCGAACGAAUUUGCUGCAGUUCCUCCUGGGCUUGAGCACCGGAGCGCAUCUCUCGUGCCCGGGUGUGGAGAUGGUGGCCGUGCAGGCGUUCAGAAUAGAGCCGGACACGGAGUCGGGCGGCCUCCUCACCGUCGACGGCGAGAAGGUCGACUACGGGCCCCUCCAGGCCGAGAUCUUCUCGUCGCUGGCGACCGUAAUGUGCCCUUGAUUACGUUAUCGCGCAUCAUUGCUCAUUAUUUCCUAUCUGUUGAUUAGUGUGUAAGUAGUGUAAGAUAGAUGUGGAGAGAGUGUGCGUGGUCGUGCGAGGCAAGGACACGAGAUGGGGGUGAUUGAAUGAUCGCGAGCAUUUGCAAAUUGACGGUGUGAAAAUUCGAUUAAAAAGAAUUAUCUUUUGUUUUUCCUUCGCUCCUCCGUCUUGUCUUCUCUCGUUUGUUUGCUGUUCUCCUUUCCCUCCCGC